GACGCAAACCCACAUUGAGCAAGGCUUUUAACUACCAGCCCAGAAAUCCUGCCUCCUUUUCCCCGGCAAGUCCUAGAGGAGAGAAAUAGUCUUGGGGGUCUCUGGCGGCGGCCUUUCUUGAUUGAUACCAAUCACCAACUCAAUUUUUAAUUUUUUUUUUUUCGAGGGGAGGGAGAGAAAUUUUGACACCGCUGCUCUCCCCCCUGCCCUCUCUGCCCCUUGCCCCGGCCCCAGGCUCAGUUGCUGUUACCUUGUUGCUGGUUUUUUUUCUUUGUUUUUUUUUUUUGGUUUUUUUUUUUUUUUGGAGGGGGGAAUUAGAAAUUAUAACUUUUUUAGGGGUGGGCAGGGAAAGGAUUUGAUUAAAAGUUGGCAGGACACUGAGUCUGGGGUUUCCUCUCUCGCCGCCUUUUUCAUUUUAUCCCCCAAAGUUGGGGGUCGUGGGGGAUAUUCCUUCUCUCUUUCUUUUUUUUCCCCCGAUUUUGGAUUUUUGGCCUUUUUCGUUUUGUUUUUCGGUCGGAUUUUUUUUUUUCGAUUUCUUUCUGGACUAGACGGUCGCCUUUUGGGGGCGAGCGCCCGAGGGGUGCGGAGGGGCUGGGCACAGCUCCGCCAAAGUUUUCGGGGGGCGGGGGGGGGGCCGGCAGGUAGCCCGCCAGCCCCUUUCACGUUCCCCCGAUAAAGGACCAAAAGUCACACUUGGAAUCGCCUUAACUUUUUUUUUAAAAGAAAAAAAAGCAAACAACCCCCCACCCCCCAAACAAAACCAACAAAAAGGAAAACUCCUCGCUUCCCCCAGCCUUUCCCCCUUUCCCCACUUUGGAAAAACGUUGUGUGAGUCCCCCCCCUCCAGGACCCAGAGACCCCCGUCUCUCUUUCGCCCCCCCCUUUGGCCUCCCUCCCCUCCCCCCACUGCAGCGGUCCCUCCCACCUCCGCUCCGUCCCCCCGGCCGCCCAGCAGCCCAGAAAUAUGCUUUUCGAGAGUUUUGAUCUGGUGUCCGCGCUGGCCACCUUGGCCGCCUGCUUGGUUUCGGUGACCCUGCUCCUGGCGGUGUCACAGCAGCUGUGGCAGCUCCGCUGGGCCGUCACCCGGGACAAGAGCUGUCGCCUCCCCAUGCCCAAAGGCUCCAUGGGCUUCCCUUUAAUCGGAGAGACUUGCCACUGGCUACUGCAGGGCUCUUGCUUCCAGUCUUCGCGGCGGGAGCGCUACGGAAACGUCUUCAAGACCCACCUGCUGGGGCGGCCGCUCAUCCGCGUCACCGGCGCCGAAAACGUGCGCAAGAUUCUCAUGGGCGAGCACCACCUGGUCAGCACCGAGUGGCCGCGAAGCACCCGCAUGCUCCUCGGCCCCAACACCGUGGCCAACUCCAUCGGGGACAUCCACCGCAGCAAGAGGAAGGUCUUCUCCAAGAUCUUCAGCCACGAAGCGCUGGCGAGUUACCUCCCGAAGAUCCAGCUGGUGAUCCAGGACACCCUGAGGGUGUGGGGUGGCACCCCGGAGCCCAUCAACGUCUACCAGGAGGCCCAGAAGCUCACCUUCCGCAUGGCUGUCCGCGUGCUCCUGGGCUUCAGCAUCCCCGAGGACGACCUCACCCACCUCUUCCAGGUCUACCAGCAGUUCGUGGAGAACGUCUUCUCCCUGCCCGUGGACCUGCCCUUCAGCGGCUACCGACGGGGGAUCCAGGCCCGUGAGAAGCUGCAGAAGGGGCUGGAGAAGGCCAUCCGCGAGAAACUGCAAAAUAGCCCGGACAAAGACUACUCAGACGCCCUGGACAUCCUGAUCGAGAGCAGCAAGGAGCACGGCAGGGAGAUGUCCAUGCAGGAGCUGAAGGACGGCACCCUGGAGCUGAUCUUCGCCGCCUACGCCACGACGGCCAGUGCCAGCACGUCGCUGAUCAUGCAGCUGCUGAAGCACCCGGCGGUGCUGGAGAAGGUGCGGGAGGAGCUGCGGGCUCACGGCAUCCUGCACAACGGCUGCCUGUGCGAGGGAUCUCUGCACCUGGACACCGUCGGCGGCCUGCACUACCUGGACUGCGUCAUCAAGGAGGUCAUGCGGCUCUUCACGCCCAUCUCCGGUGGCUACCGCACCGUGCUGCAGACCUUCGAGCUGGACGGCUUCCAGAUCCCGAAGGGCUGGAGUGUCAUGUACAGUAUCCGGGACACCCACGACACGGCACCCGUGUUCCAAGACGGCGACCUGUUCGACCCCGACCGCUUCAGCCAGCCCCGCAGCGAGGACCGGGACGGCCGUUUCCACUAUCUCCCCUUCGGCGGGGGCGUCCGGGCCUGCCUGGGCAAGCACCUGGCCAAGCUGUUCCUCAAGGUCCUGGCCGUGGAGUUGGCCAGCACCAGCCGCUUCGAGCUGGCCACCCGGACUUUCCCGCGCCUCACCCUGGUCCCCGUGCUGCACCCGGUAGAUGGACUGAGCGUCCGGUUUUGCGGGCUGGACUCCAAUCAGAACGAGAUUCUGACCGAGACAGAGGCCAUGCUGGGAGCCACCGUGUAAUAGCCCGUUUCCUCCUCCUGCCCCCACCCCGACCCCUGCCGGGGCUGACCAGGCACACCUGACCUAGGGGUCCGGGGCAGGCCAAGCCGGUGGUCGGGGGUUUCCUGGAUGGGGGGGUCCACGUUCCCCUUCCCCCGCGAGCCCCCCGCUCCUCACUGACAGGGGAUGCCAAGACUCUGUGGGGAGAGGGGGGAGGCAGGGCCCCCUUGCCCCCUCCUCACCCUUGUGUCACUUCCCUCAAGACCUCCCCUAGCGAAAGGAGGGAGGGGAGGGUGACAGGGGAGGGGAGAGGGGUCCGGAAAGUGGGGGAGUGCAGGAGGAGGGGCCCCCAGGCCACAUCUGGCGUGGGACUCCGUUUCCCUUCGACCCCUGACAGUGUUAAAUACGUCCGCGUGAAUAGUGUUUCUGCUUUUUUUAUUUUUUCUUCCUAGUUUUCUGUUUCCGUUUUCCCCUUCUGCCCAGCCCAGGAGAGGAGAGGCAGGCGGUCUCAGCUGACCCGCUCCUCUCGGACCCCCCUCUCCUGUUUCAUCCUGUCCGCUGACAUCCGCCCCCCCCCCCCCCAAACUGGACAUCGAGUCCCUGGAGGGGAGAGAGACCUUCCCCCUUGCCCUCCACGAGGAGACUGGGGACAGGAGCUCAGAAAAAAAAUCACUCUGGGUGAUGUCACGCAAACGAGCCUCUCUUCCACUGGGUCUCCCCUUGGGAGUGGGGAGGUAUCACAGCUUGCUCCACCCUGCUUUUUCCCCACCCUCCUGCUAAGAUGUUGGGCCCCAUUUCUGCCUCCUUCCCCUCCUCCCAAUCCCCUCUCCCAGGAGAGACCCCACUGACCCCCGGUUAGGACCUCUGAAGUCGUCUGCUGCUGCUGCUACUCUUCCCUCCCCACGCCCCUCUGCCCUCUGGGCCACUGGGGUCCUGGGAAAAGCCCCGUCCACCUUGGCGUCCACUCUGGCACCCUCCUUGGACUCCCCUUGUGUGUGCACUGAACACUGUCCCAACCUCCCGCCCUGUCCAGAGGGGCCCAUCCCUCACAAUUCCCUCUUGGGGCUCACUCUCAUGCAGCCACCCCUCCCCUCCCCUUCACCUUUCCCCCUCCCCGACCCAUAGUUAUUAUCCAUCAGGCCAUCCGGGACUGUGAGAGGGCAUCCUAGCCAUUCCCCUGCCCCCAGGCAGGUCCAGACACCCAGCGGAGAGCCCUCCAGAGAAAGAGACUCCCGCAGCCUCUUUCCAUCAUCGAUGGUAUUUAUUGAGCGCUUACUAGGUGCAGAGCACUUUACUAGGUGCUUGGGAGAAUACAAUACAACAGAGUUGGCAGACACGUUCCAUACCCACAAGCGAGCUUACAGUCUAGAUGGGGAGGCAGACAGUAGAAAUAAAAUAAGUCCCGGGUGCUCACCCUCGGCACACUAAGUCGCUCUCACUGCGUUUUGCCCCCAACCUCAGUUCCUGGUCAGCAUGUGUUGGAGGGGGCCCCCUCUUACCCUUGAUUUCCCAUGGAGGGUGAGCGGACUCUCCUCACCCCCGCCUCCCCUUCACAACUCCUCAUCCCUGUCUGAUCUACCUUCUCUGUCAACUCCAGCGGGAGACUACUCAGGCUCCCCUGCCCAAGGAUGGGAAGGGAUGGGCCUCGGGUCCAGGAGCAUGUUUUUCUUCCAGUCCAACCCGAUCCCUUCCACUGCUUUGGAGGUCCUCAGCCUCCCCAGGGGCCCCGCCGCCGAGCCAUUCUGUUCCCCUGACCGGCUACUCUGGGGCUGGGGAAGGGGAGUGGAAUCUCCUCAGGGAUGGUCCGGGCAGUGGUCAGAAGGCUGCUGGGGGCUGGGGAUGGCUGGGGAGAAGGUGGGCUCCAGGGAAUAUUGAGCAGAGGCUCAUGAGGGUUCCCACCCUCCCAAGUGGGAACCUGGAUGGGGAAAAAGGAGAUGUGCAGAAAGGUUCGUCACCUUCUUGUGCCAAGCAGCCAACAGUACACGCACACACACGCAGACACAUAUUGGGGGCGGGGGCAGGGACAGAGGGAGGAGGAGACACAAUCCCUGCCCUUGAGGGGCUGCCAGUCUGAUGGGAGAGACAGAAAACACACACAUACACACACAUAGAGUACUGGGGGCACAGUCCCUGCCAUCGAGGAGCUGUCGAUCUGAAGGGGGAGUCAGCACUCACGUGCAGGCAUGCACAUAUAUGCACAAGUACAGACACACACACAUCUGUCUCCGGACCCCCCAGUGCAGGGAUCUUAAAAGGUCCUUGCUCUCUCAAGCUGGGCUGUGAACUCCUCUAGCAGGGGUGCGACAACCCCGACCCCUCCUCUCUGUGACUCUGCACACCCUGCCACCAUCACCCUGGCCGGUCCAGGUCAAGGCCUUUCUCCAUUGCAGUGGAAAACCCAUCAUCUUUAGAUCUCCUGUCUCCCCACCUCAGGCUCCCUCAGGUCCCCAUCCCUGGAUUGAUGCCUCCCCACCUCCAACGCCCAAUCUUAGGCCCAGGGUCUUCUUGAACAGCAAGCCCCACUCCUUUCCCCGCUCCUUCCCCACGGCUAGCUGCCUUGGGGAUGCUGGGGACCGGUAGCCACGGCUCCUUCGGGAAGGGAGGACCGACCGGGAUGAGGGAGGAAGGAAACCAAACAGAAACGGGAAGCAGCAGAGAUUUCCGUCUGGAAGGACAGAGCAAAACCAUUAUCACAACCCCCCUACCCACCCACCCCCCCCGCCCCGGGAGCCUUAGAGAAGGCGACCGAGGUUUUCGUGCUGUGUGUUUUUUUGUAAAGUUUGUUACCAAAAAGAGGAAGAGAAGCAAAACGGAGUUCCCAGAUGGGUGGUUGGAAAGCCGAGAUCUUAAGAUGCAUACAUCUAUCUAUUAUAUUAUAUAUAUAUAUAUAUAUAAAUAUAUGUGUGUGUAUUUUAUAUAGAUAUGGAUAGAUAGGUGAUGCUUUUUAAUUUACCAUUCCUAACUAAUAUAACUUGACUAAAAAAAAAAAUCAACAAAAAAAAAGACCCUUCUCCUGCAGUGGAUUUGCAGAAUAAAGCACUUUGAAUGUCAGAAUUCUGUUGCUGAAAUGUCCUGUCAGAAUCCUGAUCCCAGCCAAGUUGCUAUAAUAUUAUUUUAUACACAAAACCAUUUUUUUUUGCAGAAAUGUUAUAAUUUGUUUUUUUGUCUGUCUUUAUAAACUAUUAUAAGUACUAUUUUUGUUAUAAUUCAAAAUAGAUAUUUAGUAUAAAGUUUUUUGCUGUUAAAUAUUUGUUAUUUAGUAAAAUAUGAAUUUUUCUUUUAUUGUAAACAUGGUUCAAAAUAUUAAUAUGUUUUAUCGCGGUUGUUUUUAAUAUUGAAAAGAAAGCACUUGUGUCUUUUGGUUUGUUCUGAAACUGGUGCCGUGUGUGUGUAUGUGUGUGUUUGUAUGUUUGUGUGUGUAUGUGUGUGUUUCUUCAGUCAUGUGGUUUUUAAUAUGUAUAUAAUCCGUGUCACAUAGUAAAAUGAAUGUGGUGUAUUUUGUGAUCUUAAAAAUAAUCACCGUGGCUAUUUUAUAGACUUCCAUAAUAAAAAGAGGUGACUCUCCGUAA